CGGCCCCUUAGGGGCCUCGGUUCAUUACUUUUAAGGAAUGGAGCGAUACUCGUACAUUAACCCUUACGUAUUUCCCAUCGUCCCCUGUCUUAUCAAUUCACUUACAAGGGGGUUAUGCAUAUGUACGCCCGUGUAUCAUGUUUUAGAACAAAUCAAACACUUUUGUUGAUUUCAAAUAUCCUUAGGACACGAAAACACAUUUUAGGUGAAAUAGGAAUGAGUUAAAGGUAAAUAGAAUGAUCCAAUUUUCACUUCAGUUAUGAGUGACAUUGUCGAGUAUUGUCCUACAAACCUGACAGAAGUCAUCGCGGCAUCAGCGAGACUAAACUGCGGUGAAGACAGGUUUGGAAAUGAUCAGUAUUUAUGUCUUCCUAACGUCAGAAAGACUGGGCUUGUGGAAUAUUGUCAUAAAGGAGUCAUUCCAUUGAUACCAAGUGGUUAUUGUGUGGAUACAACGGGAGGCCAGUUAUAUUCCAGAAAAUGUGAACAAUUCCUCUAUGGUUGUCCAAGUCAGCAUUUCCAAACCAAUAAGAUAUACAGACAUCCCGCCUGUCUGAAUAUAAACACAGAGAACCGGUGUUAUAUUGCUGAUCCGUCAUGUCCCAACACGACAUCAACAUUCACUACGGAAGACAUGAUGGAAACAUCAUCCACCUACUCGAACUUCUCUAACACAACUGUGAAUACUCUCUACACCACGACCACAUCCUUAGAAGAUGUACCUGAUGUAGGGGCCGUUGUGGGAGGGGUGUUAGCUGCAGUGUUUGUUAUCACAGUCCUGCUGAUUUUAGUGCGUGUUGUUUUGAGAAGGAGGAAACAACGGAAAAACCAACUUAGAGAUGGAAGAGAUGAAGAAACCCCGCUUUUUGAAUUAACCAACGAAACAGGAAAUAAAACGGCAGAAAAUAGCAAUUCUCCUGCAGGAAAUGGAGGACAAACGGAGUCUUUACAAACAGAGCCUGAUAACACACGUAGUAAUAAAAAUGGAAAAAAUAAGCCUAAUGCAUUACAUGAAGCCUGCAACAAUGCAAAACUUGAAAUUUUUAAGCAUUGUAUCCAAACAUACCCUGACCUUCUACACAAUGUUGAUAAUGAUGGAUGGAAUGCUGCUCUAUACGCCGCUCGGGGAGGAAACGUUAAAAUUCUACAAUUACUGACAAAUAAUGAAGUAGACGUCAAACAUAAAAACAAUGAUGGCUGGAACAUUCUUCAUGUGGCUUGUGUAAACUCUAACGUAGAGAUGAGUCGUUCUAUCAUCCAAACAUACCCUGACCUUCUACAGAAUGUAGAUAAUGAUGGAUGGAAUGCUGCUCUACACGCCGCUCGGGGAGGAAACGUUAAAAUUCUACAACUACUGGCAAACAAUGAAGUAGACGUCAAACAUAAAAACAAUGAUGGCUGGAACAUUCUUCACGUGGCUUAUGUAAUGUCUAACCUAGAAAUGAGCCGUUAUAUCAUCCAAACAUACCCUGACCUUCUACACAAUGUAGAUAAUGCUGGAUGGAAUGCUGCUCUACACACCGCUCGAGGAGGAAACGUUAAAAUUCUACAACUACUGGCAAACAAUGAAGUAGACGUCAAACAUAAAGACAAUAAUGGCUGGAACAUUCUGAACGUGGCUUGUGUAAACUCUAACUUAAAGAUGAGUCGCUAUAUCAUCCAAACAUACCCUGAAUUUCUACACAAUGUUGAUAAUUAUGGAUGGAAUGCUGCUCUACACGCUGCGAAAGGAGGAAAUGUCAAAAUUCUACAACUACUGGCAAACAAUGAAGUAGACGUCAAACAUAAAGACAAUGAUGGCUGGAACAUUCUUCACGUGGCUUGUGUAAACUCUAACUUAGAGAUGAGUCGUUAUAUUAUCCAAACAUACCCUGACCUUCUACACAAUGUUGAUAAUGAUGGAUGGAAUUCUGCUCUACACGCUGCUCGAGAGGAAAUGUUAAGAUUCUACAACUACUGUUAGAUAAUGAAGUAGACGUCAAACAUAAAACAAAUGAUGACUUUAACAUUCUUCACGUGGCUUGCGUAGAGUCUAACCUAAAAAUGAACCGUUACAUCAUCCAAACAUACCCUGACCUUCUACACAAUGUUGAUAAUGCUGGAUGGAAUGCUGCUCUACACGCCGCUCGAGGAUGAAACGUUAAAAUUCUACAACUACUGGCAAACAAUGAAGUAGACGUCAAACAUAAAAACAAUGAUGGCUGGAACAUUCUUCACGUGGCUUGUGUAAUUUCUAACCUAGAAAUGAGCCGUUAUAUCAUCCAAACAUACCCUGACCUUCUACACAAUGUAGAUAAUGCUGGAUGGAAUGCUGCUCUACACGCCGCUCGAGGAGGAAACGUUAAAAUUCUAGAACUACUGGCAAACAAUGAAGUAGACGUCAAACAUAAAGACAAUAAUGGCUGGAACAUUCUGAACGUGGCUUGUGUAAACUCUAACUUAAAGAUGAGUCGCUAUAUCAUCCAAACAUACCCUGAAUUUCUACACAAUGUAGAUAAUUAUGGAUGGAAUGCUGCUCUACACGCUGCGAAAGGAGGAAAUGUCAAAAUUCUACAACUACUGGCAAACAAUGAAGUAGACGUCAAACAUAAAGACAAUGAUGGCUGGAACAUUCUUCACGUGGCUUGUGUAAACUCUAACUUAAAGAUGAGUCGCUAUAUCAUCCAAACAUACCCUGACCUUCUACACAAUGUAGAUAAUGAUGGAUGGAAUGCUGCUCUACACGCUGCUCAAGCAGGAAAUGUUAAAAUUCUACAAUUACUGGCAAAUAAUGAAUUAGACGUCAAACAUAAAAACAAUGCUGGCUGGAACAUUCUUCACGUGGCUUGUGUAAACUCUAACUUAGAGAUGAGUCGUUAUAUUAUCCAAACAUACCCUGACCUUCUACACAAUGUUGAUAAUGAUGGAUGGAAUUCUGCUCUACACGCUGCUCGAGCAGGAAAUGUUAAGAUUCUACAACUACUGUUAGAUAAUGAAGUAGACGUCAAACAUAAAACAAAUGAUGACUUUAACAUUCUUCACGUGGCUUGCGUAGAGUCUAACCUAGACAUGAACCGUUAUAUCAUCCAAACAUACCCUGACCUUCUACACAAUGUAGAUAAUUAUGAAUGGAAUGCUGCUCUACACGCCGCUCGAGGAGGAAACGUUAACAUUCUACAACUACUGGUAGAUAAUGAAGUAGACGUCAAACAUAAAAACAAUAAUGGCUGGAACAUUCUUCACGUGGCUUGUGUAAACUCUAACUUAGAGAUGAGUCGUUAUAUCAUCCAAACAUACCCUAACCUUCUACACAGUGUUAGCAGUAAUCGAUGGAAUGCUGCUCUACACGCCGCUCGAGGAGGAAACGUUAAAAUUCUACAACUACUGGCAAACAAUGAAGUAGACGUCAAACAUAAAAACAAUGAUGGUUGGAACAUUCUUCACGUGGCUUGUGUAAUGUCUAACCUAGAAAUGAGCCGUUAUAUCAUCCAAACAUACCCUGACCUUCUACACAAUGUAGAUAAUGCUGGAUGGAAUGCUGCUCUACACGCCGCUCGAGCAGGAAACGUUAAAAUUCUAGAACUACUGGCAAACAAUGAAGUAGACGUCAAACAUAAAAACAAUAAUGGCUGGAACAUUCUUCACGUGGCUUAUGUAAACUCUAACUUAGAGAUGAUUCGUUAUAUCAUCCAAACAUACCCUGACCUUCUACACGAUGUAGAUAAUGCUGGACGGAAUGCUGCUCUAUACGCCGCUCGAGGAGGAAACGUUAAAAUUCAAUAACUACUGGCAGGUAAUGCAGUAGCGGUCAAACAUGAAAAUAAUGACGGCUAAAACAUUCUUCACGUGUCAUGUAUUUACUCUUAACUUAGACAUAAGUCGUUAUAUCAUCCAAACAAACCCUGACCUUCUACAAAGUGUAGAUGAUGAUGGAUGUAAUGCUGUUCUACACGCCGCUCGAGGAGGAAACGUUAAGAUUCUGCAACUGCUUCCAGAUCAUGGUGUGAAAACAUAAACCGAAAUUUGGAAUUUGGAGUGUGUAAUGUGAAGCCCAUGUUUGUAGAAAAAAGUAAUAACAAUGUGAAAAUUGUCUUCUCUUUUAUUGAAGAAUGUAAAAUUUGCUCUGAGGGCAUGACGUAUCAUGGAAGCACAUAUACUAUAGCGUCGUACAUCAAGUUGAUCAUACUCAGAAUUGAGUGACGUUUUCGCUUGAGAUAGAUUUACAGUUGGGUCUAGUUCUUUUCUUUGAACUCUUAGAGGCAUUCUAUGUAGGCAUUAAAAUUUUCAACAUAGGGAUGGAUAGGUAACCUCACCGAUUUUUCUGAAAUUUGGCAUAUAGUGAUUAUUUGAAACAUCCUCAUGGAAUCUUGUACCAAAAUUCGUAACUGGGGUACCAUUGCCCUGGUGAGAAGAACACCUUGAAAAUAGUUCCCAAGAUGCUUAGAAAUGCUGGGUUUUGGCCUAUUUUUGAUUAAACAUAAAUAAAUUUUA